ACUCACUGAGCCAUUACUGGAGGCGUACAGUGAUUCUUGGGAGGUCGAUGAUACAGGUCGGGGUUCACGAACAACAGUACAGUACAAUGCGCCCAUAUCAAUAGAAGACAGCCCGCCGAACAAGUGAGGGGAAAACGAGAGACUGUUCCACAGCCUGGUGAAUGCUGUACAACCGAUCACGUUCCGAGACGAGAACAACACACAGCCCUCUUCACACUGAGACAUGGAACACAACCCGUUUACUUCUCAACAUCAUCAUAACCACCACCACGACCACCGAUCAAGCUUCUCUCUUCCCUCCCGCUCAUAUCAACUGCAAGGCGACACGCCCGACAUGCACCGUCCACUGCCCGAUGAGGGGUAUGCGGAUGCGGAGACGAGGAGUCAGGCGGACAGCGAGAUGAUGUACGGCGAUGAGUUGGACCCGGAGUUGCUCAAGCUGGUCUUGAGUCUGCCGGUGGCACAGAGGAAGCUCCUCAUCAAAGCCAGCAUCCGCAGCCUCUCAAACCCGGACAAGGAAGCCAUGGGCGCCUACUGCGAGCACCUCACCCACUUCGACCCUGCCUUCACCCUGCCGCCCGAGAUCAUGCUCUCAGUCCUCUCCUACCUCUCACCCCACGACCUCCUCACCGCCAGCGCCAUUUCUCGCUCGUGGCGCGAGAGAGCUCUGGACGAGAAGCUGUGGCGUGCUUGCUUCGCGCAGGAAGGCUGGGUCCUGGACCGCGAUAAGCUCGAUGCGUUUGAAGAGUUGGCGAGGAAGAAGGGUAAGCGGGUCGCGGAGAGCGGGGUACAAGAUACGACAACGACGACCACGGAGUUGGAGCGGAGAGGUAGUCGGAAGCGGAAGACUGAGGAGGCGUUUAACGAGGGCGUGAUGGCCGAAAGCUCGGGAUCCAGUCCGGAUAGUGUUGGCGGCUCGACGGCGAAUAAUGUCUCCACGCCGGAUAGUGAGGAGGAGAUGCAAGGUGUGGAGCGGAGUCUUGUACUUCAACGUGGCAUGGGGAUCAUGACACCGGACUCGCCGCCUAUGCCUUACAUGUCGCCUCCCAGAAACCGCGUUGAUAUGGCAAAUGGAGAUACCUAUCUGUACCGCGGCAUCAACAACGGCCGAAGACUGUCGACCAUCUCCCUUAACUCACUGGACUCCGAUCUGAACUACCGGAGUCCCGCUGAUAUAUUAAUGCCAUCGCUCUGGAGACGAGGUGUGAACGAACCCAAGCUCAGCUGGCCAUACAUUUACAAGCAACGCGCCAAACUCGAGUCGAACUGGGACAACGGCAAAUACCGCAUGUUCCAGCUCCCUCACCCCGACCAUCCCCACGAAGGCCACAGCGAAUGCGUCUACGCCAUCCAGCACACAAGCCGCCACCUCGUCUCCGGCUCCCGCGACCGCACCGUCCGUAUCUGGGACCUCAAUACCGGCCGCCUCAGACGCGAACCCCUCCUCGGCCACGACGCGAGCGUCCUCUGCCUCCAAUUCGACGAACGGCCGGAACACGACCUCAUCGUCAGCGGCGGCAGCGACAACCACGUCAUCAUCUGGCGCUUCUCCACCGGCGAAAUCCUCCGCAAACUAACCCACGCCCACGACGAGAGCGUGCUGAACCUCCGCUUCGACGACCGCUUCAUAGUCACCUGCUCCAAAGACAAAACCGUGCGGAUCUGGAACCGUCACGCGCUCCACCGCUCCGAUCCACUAAUCCCAUCCCACAUCCUCCCCACCCUCGACAACAACCACUUCCCCACCCGCAUCCUCGACCCACAUACCGACACGAUCCCCGCCUUCAGCCCUCUAACAACCCUAACCGGCCACCAAGCCGCCGUCAACGCCGUCAUGAUCCAUGAGAACACCAUCAUCUCCGCCUCGGGCGACCGGACGAUAAAGUCCUGGAACAUAGACACGGGACGGCAUCAAAAGACGUAUAACGGCCACAGCAAGGGGAUCGCGUGCGUGCAGUUUGAUGGGCGCAGGAUCGUGAGCGGGAGCAGCGAUAACACGGUUAGGAUCUUUGACGCGCAGUCCACGGCUGAAGUCGCUUGUUUGUCGGGGCACGGGAAUUUGGUUCGAACGGUGCAAGCCCGGUUCGGGGAUUUGGACACCGUUACCGACGAAGAAUUGGAGGAUGAAGCACGAGAAACCGAUCGCGCGUUUUAUAAGGCGCUAGAGACGGGCAUGCCGCCUCCUGUCGCCAGUCGGAGGCCGGAGAGGAGGAAUGCGGGCAGCUCCCGCCCGGAGGACGUGAUGUGCGUGGGGACGAAAAUCCCGCCGGGCGGUGGGGGCAGCAGGUGGGCGAAGAUUGUCAGUGGGAGUUAUGACGAGACUGUUAUUAUUUGGCGGCGGGAUCGCGAGGGGCGGUGGCGGGUGCGGCGGACGUUGGGGCAGGAGGGGGUGCUGAGGGGAUAUGGGGGAGCGCGGAGGAGGGGCGCGGUCGUGGUGCAGCAGCAGCUACAGCAGGCUGGUUUGGGUGCGGGUGCUGGUGCUGGUGGAGGAGCCGGGCAGCCGACUCCGCAGCAGUUGGUUGCGGCGGCGCAUGCGAAUCUGCAGCAAUUGCAUCUUCACCAUGCGUUGGCGCAUGGACAGCCGGCUCAGCCUUUACCGGGUGCAGGCCAGGGCCAGCCUCCACCCGCGGCACUGGUGCAAGCAGCGGUGCAGGCGGCGGUGGCGAACGGCGCGCUACCGGCGAAUGGGUUCGUGGCGAACGUGCAGCACCCUCCGCACCCCAUGGUUGCGGCGGGACCGGCGCAAUUGGCCGCGGCGAACAAUCCCGCGCCGCCGCCGCAUCACCACCACCACCACCAUCAUCACCACCAUCACCACCAUCAGCAGAACGCAGCCGGCGGACAACAGCAAGCAGGCGCUGCGGCUGCUCCUCCACAGCCAGCAGCAGCAGCAGCCGCGAGGGAAAGCAACCGCGUUUUCAAGCUGCAGUUCGAUGCGCGCCGCAUCAUUUGUUGCAGUCAGAACAAGGUGAUUGUCGGGUGGGAUUUUGCGAAUGGGGAGCGGGAGUUGGAGAGGGUCGGGGAGUGGAGUGUGGAGACUUGUUGAAGGAAGUCCUGCCUUAGGUAAGGAGAGGGGAGGGGAGGGAAGGGGAGGGUUGGAGUAUGGCUGAGGUGGUCUGUGGGCUGGAGACUCGAGGCUGCUUGAGAGCGGGUUUUGGGGGGUUAGGUUGUAUUUGCUGCGGGUGGGCGAUGGGCUGCUUGGACGGGCUGGUUG